AUGCCUAGCCUCUUUAACAAGAUCAAGGGCACUGGCACGCCCUCCACCACGCCCACUGCCAAAGAUGCUCCGCCCAAGAAGAAUGAUAUCACUACCGAAGUCACUCCUCUCGAGAAGAUGCUGCAAAACGCCGGAGCACUCACUCAAGACGGUCGCGACAGAUUCCUAGGCUUCGAAAACUUUGGAAAUACUUGCUACUGCAACUCCAUCGUCCAAGCCCUCUUCCACUCCGACCAAUUCCGCGAAGGCGUCCUCAACUACCCAUCUCUAUCCCCGACCGAUACCCCCAACGGCCCUCCAUACAAGCCAAAUGUCACCAUUCGACCGCCAGUCACACCCGCUACGCCUGCCACGCCGCAAAAACAGCCCAAGCUAUCAACAUCUCAGGCUCUCAAGCACCGUCAAGCCCUUGGCGCGGGUCCGCCCAUCCCUGGCCAGCCGCCUAUCAAGCCAGAGGACAAACCCGACACGCCAGAAUACAAGAAAAAGCAGGCCAUGCUCAAGGGUCCCAUUCUCGAGCUCGCGCAGGAGAGCCGCGUGCCCUAUGGCAUGGACGAAUGCACAUUCACUGGGCUCAAGGACAUAUUCAUGGCCCUCACCCAGAGCAGCUCCAGAACUGGCGUCCUGAGCCCCCAACGCUUUCUGGAAAUCUUUAAACGCGAUAACGAAAUGUUCCAGAGCUCAAAUCAUCAGGAUGCCCAUGAAUUCCUACGACUCGUCCUCACAGACGUAAUUGCCAGCGUGGACAAUCAUGCCAAGCAUAUCCAAGACCAGGUUGCCACAAACGGCUCGUCCGAAUCUCUGCACAACGGUCUCUCCGUGGGACUUGGACCUGGUUCCUCGUACAACUCGCCAGGUACCGGCUGGGUACACGAUGUUUUUGAAGGCGUCGUGACGUCAGAAACAAAAUGUCUCACCUGUGAAACAGCAUCACAGAGAGACCAGACCUUUUUGGACUUGUCCAUUGCCCUAGACGAGCACAGCUCUGUCACAUCGUGCCUGCGCAAGUUCUCUGCCGAGGAAAUGCUGUGCGAGAGAGACAAGUUUCAGUGCGACCAUUGCGGUGGUCUGCAAGAGGCCGAAAAGCGCAUGAGGGUCAAGAAGCUGCCCAAGGUUCUCACCCUGCAUCUCAACCGCUUCAAAUACACGGAAGACUAUAGUCGUGUCCAAAAGCUGUUCCACAGGGUUGUAUAUCCCUACCAUCUACGCAUGUUCCACACUGCAGACGAGGCCGAAGACCCAGAUCGCCUUUACGAACUCUACGCCGUCAUUGUUCACAUUGGUGGCAAUGGAUAUCACGGGCAUUAUGUCUCCAUCAUCAAGACUAGAGACCGCGGCUGGCUCUUGUUUGACGAUGAGAUGGUCGAGCCUGUGGACAAGCAUUUUGUCCGCAAUUUCUUCGGUGACAGGCCCGGAAUGGCCACUGCUUACCUCUUGUUCUACCAAGAAACGACAUUUGAAAAGGUCCGCGCUGAGCAAGAAGCCGAGGGUAAAGAAGAAGUUCGACUCGCGACGGAGGCCGCCAACAUUGCGCAUGAGGAAAGCGACAAGGCAGACGAAACACCUCUGUCUCGGCAACAGACACAACCGAUACCUGUGCUAGCUGAGCAGAACCAAUUGUCCAACUUGGCGCAUGCCAAAACAGCGCCAGACCUAACGGCACGCCCGCCACUUACAAACCAAGCCUCGGUCCCUUCGACGCCAGCUGUCCCAUCAACAUUGACGCCCGCUAAGUCAAAAGAUGAGCUAAAGCGAGAGAAGAAGGAGCGCGAAGCUGCGGAAAAGGCUGCUCGCCAGCAAGAAAAGGAAGAACUGAAAGCCAAGGACAAGGAAAUAAGAGAGUAUGAGAGAAAGCGCCGCGACCAGGCCAUUUCCAUGAUCCAGGCUAAACGACAAGAGCAAGAGCAGCUGGAGAAGGUGAUGCAGGCCAGCAAAAAGUCAGCCGCCAAGGAAGACGAUGCGCGGAAGAAGGAAGAGGGCAACGGCGGUGCGUUUGGCUUUCUCGACCGUUCGAAGCGUGGCAGCAAAUCGGGCAGCCGUAAAGCAUUCGGACUCUUCAGCAAGGACCGAAACGGCGACGAUGCCGCCGGCGACGUGGUCGUCAAUGGUGACGCACCUGAGAAGGAAAAGACAAAAAGCCGCUUGAGCAUAGGCCUAGGGCGCAAGAAGAGCACCAAUCUUUUGUCAUAG